ACUCCUGCUGCUGGCCGCCCUGCCUGGGCGCUGCCUGGCCGACCCGGGCAUAGGCAAUCUGCAGAUAACUGUCACCCCAACCCCAGAGACAUUUCCUCACGGGAAAUUGUUACCGAUUUCACCAACAUGGCCUUUCUCAGAAGUCCAGUCUUCCUCGGCAGUGGACAGAAUCAAGAAUGUGCUGGGACCAUCAUCCCCUGACAACACAAGCGUGCUGCAGCUCGCCCGAACACCUCCUCCCCAGACGCACCGCAGAGCCAGGGCUCAUGGGGACUUCCCUUCUUCCCCUUACCCAGCGAGUGGGCUCGGCACCUCCCUCGAGCCGUCCAAGGAUCCCGCCGAGUCUCUGGUCCCAGCAGGACCGCACGGGAACAUAGAAGCAGCCGCCGCGUCAGGUUUGCCUCACACCAGCAUGCUCCCCCCGUUCUCCACUGUCCCAUCAGUGACGUCCUGGGGAGCUGCCCUCCCGUCUCGGCCAGCAUGGGUAGGGACUCCUUCCAUUUCAAAACAACAUUCCCCAAGGUCAGACAUCCUCCCACUUCUUCCCCCAUCUCCAUCCUCUUCAUUGGCUCCUGACUCACCUCAUUCCAUCAUCUUUUCUAAGCCCGCUGAGCGACCCACCAAAGUGCCUGUAUUCCCCCAAACAGCUCCAACUGACUCCUCUUCAAGUCACAGUGUAGCUAAUUCCCUAACCGCAUUUGCUGAUGAAAUGAACCACACUCCAUUGAAAAAUGCUCAGGAUUUAAUAGACAUCCCUCGCCUAGGUUCUUCUGGAUCUUCAACAAAGCGGUAUUCGGAGCUGUCCCCUGUGGAGGGUCCUCACUCAGUAGGCUCCCCCGUACCUGAGUUUUUGAACUCCACUGCAGAACCGGCCCAUCUGUCUCCUCCUCCCCUAGCACCUGGAAGUCUUCAGCUUCCAGGUGGUACUCCCUCAUGGUCAAGGUUGGAAGUGGCUUCAAGUCCCGCAUCUACCCAGCCAGUCGAAGCUGAGGUGGCUGAAAGAGUGCACAAUGGGGUGUCUUUGCCGGCUCUGAAGAGGGCAGCAGCAGCAGUGAUCCAUGAGGCUGUGCCUCCCCUCUUCCAGAUCACACAGUCAGUGGCAGUGGAAAUGACCGGCAGAGAGUUAGCCCCCACUACAGCAAAUGACUCAAAUGACUCUGCUAACGCACUGCAUUUGUCAGCAGCUCCAGAGAAUUCCGAAGGGCCCGCCCUCUCAGCAGAACACACAUCUUCCUCUUCGGUGUCUUCUCGUCUGCCUCUCACCACAGCCCACCAAGGACAAGGCAUCCUUUCUGGGGCGGUUCCUGCAUCGCCAUCUAAUGGAGCAGCAGCAGACUUUCCCUCCACGCCUACUUAUUUCCAGCCGGCACAGAAUCAUGUCUCUCCAUCCGCUGGGCCCCAAAUGCCAACUCUUCAGGAAGUGGGCCAUGAUAGACCCUCUCCUGCAGCUACAGACUUCCCCCUCUCAAGCAAAUUUCCUAAUCUCCUUUCCACGACUUGGACAUUUCCCCUGCAGAAGAACAAAAAGGCAAAUUUGACAGUUGCUCUCCAGACCCUUCCAAGCAAGGAGAUUCCAAGUCUUCACACGGUACACAGAUUCACCUCUGACUUUAGCACUGAUCAUACUUCAUCCACUGUCAUUACAACACCAAGAAUAAACCUUCCUUCAGAAUUGCUUCCACGUUCCAUCCCCUCCAUACGAGCCACCCAGACUGUUUCCCCAUCUCCCAGCUUUUCCAAGAGCAAGUCUGAGACUUAUGCAGCUGUGAUGGACCAUUCUGAGUUGCCGGUUUCAGCUUCCAAACAGGUGACAGCAUUUCCCUCCUCCACGGAAGUCUAUGAUUUCUCAACAAUGGGAAACGUGAAAAAGCCAGCAGUCACAGAUGCUUUCUGGAGCUCUCCUUCAGCAGAAACUGGAUCCCUUUCCACAGAACCAACGAUAUCUGGCUUACUGCAGCAAACAAAUUAUGAUCUAAAUGGGCACACAAUUAACUCCACAAGUUGGAAAAUUCAUUCAGCUUCAUCUACUGCUCCCAGUGGUUUCACUUCAGCUGUUAGGACAAUAAAAUCUCAUGAUUUCAAAGACACUGCAGGGCAUUUAGCAACUGCAGAAGGCUUUAGCAUUCAGGAUCCGGUGCUUUAUACAAGCACCAAGCAGCCCAUCCAACUGACCAACGUUACGAUGGUUGGAAACCAUACAGACAUCUUGUCCAUCAGUAAUAACAACUAUUCCAGAGAGUUUCAAACAGCUGAGGUUGAAGAUUACCCAACCACAAGUCAACAUGUCACGUCUCCCCAGCUACAGCUGUCUGCCCGUCCAAGGCAUUCUGUCUUGCUAACCUCUCCAAGUCUGCCUUCCACAGCUGGCUUGCAGGAAAUGCUUUCGGAUGGAAUGGAUACAAAUUUCCAAGUUUCCAGCAACAUGUAUUCAUCUCCUGUGAUAAAUGCCUCUGCACCAUUCCAGCGUAUCCUGAGAUACCACUCUACUGAUGAAUCUCCUCUAUCAACCAGUGCCUUAUUCAGGACCCCUUCCAAAGUGCUGCUGGCUUCUCAGCGCCCCAAGAAAUGGACAGGUGCAGCCACUAAUGCAGUGGACUCCUCAGUGUCGUCCAAGGCAGAACCAACAGCAGCAGCAGCAGCAGCAGCAGCAGCAGCAGCAGCAGCAGCAGCAGCAGCAGAAGUGACGUUGUUUCUAAGGAAACCAAGUCCACAGGCACUGUCUGCAGCCCUGGUUGCUAAGGGCACCAGCAGCAGUCCUUCGGCGCUGGCAUUAGGAUUAGUCAAGAGCAGUAUGACCACUGCUCUAGCUAAAAAUGUCACAAACUACGCAGCAUCUGGCCCGAAGGUGACACCAGGAGCAAUCCAUCCAGUCUUCUCAAUCACACCAACCUACAUGUUUGCAAGAUCGGCACACACCGUGAGCACUCACACAGCCGUGCAAGGGAACACGGGCACUGCCUCUGGCCUGCUGUCCACAACACACCUCCCCAGGAAACCACAAGCCAUGCACACGAACUUCCCAAACCCCACUAACCCAGACAUGCCCAGGGCAUCCACCACACGCCCGCUGACAAUCACAGCAGCCUUGACAUCCAUUACUGCACCAGUAAAAGCAACCCGGCUGCCAUCUCUGCCGGCGGAAAACUCGGAUACUGCUCAUCCCGCUGUGUCGACAGCUAUGGUCACGACCGGCAAAAUGGCUUCCAACCUGGAGUGUCAGAUGUCCAGUAAGCUCCUGGUGAAGACAGUUCUCUUUCUGACCCAGAGGAGAGCGCAUAUCAGUGAAACCUUGAAGCUCAAUGUAGCGAAAGGGCUCACCCAGGCGCUGCGGAAGGCUUUCCACCAGAAUGACGUCUCCGCUUACGUGGAUAUUCUGGAACAUUCUCAUAACAUCACAGUUGGUUAUUAUGCUACCAAAGGGAGGCUGGUGUACUUGCCUGCCGUAGUGAUCGAAAUGCUGGGUGUUUAUGGGGUCAGCAACGUCACUGCGGAUCUGAAGCAGCAUACCCCAAACUUGCAGUCUGUGGCAGUACUUGCCUCGCCAUGGAAUCCCCAGCCUGCAGGCUACUUUCAGCUGAAGACAGUGCUUCAAUUUGUGACCCAGUCUGACAAUAUACAGUCCUGCAAGUUUGCUCAGACGAUGGAACAGAGGCUACAGAAGGCCUUCCAGGAUGCCGAGAGGAAGGUUCUGAAUACCAAAAGCAACCUGACGAUUCAGAUUGUGAGCACGUCCAACGCCUCGCAGACAGUCACCCUGGUGUACGUGGUGGGCAAUCGGAGCUCCUUCCUCAACGGCACCGUCGCCAGCAGCCUCCUCCGCCAGCUCUCGGCUGAGCUGGUGGGCUUCUACCUCACCUACCCGCCGCUCACCAUUGCCGAACCACUAGAAUAUCCCAACCUUGACAUAUCAGAAACAACCAGAGACUAUUGGGUAAUUACAGUGCUGCAGGGCGUGGACAAUUCGCUGGUGGGCCUGCACAACCAGAGCUUCGCCCGCGUCAUGGAGCAGCGCCUGGCCCAGCUGUUCAUGAUGUCCCAGCAACAAGGUCGGCGGUUUAAACGGGCCACCACCCUGGGAAGCUACACUGUACAGAUGGUAAAGAUGCAGCGGGUGCCAGGACCCAAGGACCCAGCGGAGCUGACUUACUACACCCUGUACAACGGGAAGCCUUUGCUGGGGACCGCAGCUGCCAAGAUCCUGAGCACCAUUGACUCCCAAAGGAUGGCCUUGACCCUGCAUCACGUUGUCCUUCUGCAAGCUGACCCUGUGGUGAAGAACCCGCCCAACAACCUGUGGAUCAUUGCCGCGGUGCUGGCACCCAUCGCCGUGGUCACAGUCAUCAUCAUCAUCAUCACUGCUGUACUCUGCCGGAAGAACAAGAACGACUUCAAGCCGGACACUGUGAUGAACCUGCCUCAGAGAGCAAAGCCUGUGCAAGGCUUUGAUUAUGCCAAACAGCACCUGGGCCAGCAAGGAGCGGAUGAGGAGGUCAUCCCUGUGACCCAGGAGACGGUGGUCCUUCCACUCCCUGUUAGAGAUGCUCCUACCUUGCAGGAGAGGGACGUCGCCCAGGAUGGAAGCACUAUCAAGACGGCCAAGUCCACUGAAUCCAGAAAGAGCAGGUCGCCCAGUGAGAAUGGCUCUGUCAUCAGCAACGAAUCAGGGAAGCCCAGCUCGGGGAGGCGCUCACCCCAGAAUGUAAUGGCACAGCAGAAAGUGACAAAGGAAGAGGCACGGAAGAGAAAUGUGCCAGCAAGUGAUGAAGAGGAAGGAGCAGUUCUUUUUGACAACUCCGGCAAGGCGGCUGCUGAUCCCUUUGACACGUCUUCAGGAUCUGUGCAGCUCAUCGCUAUAAAACCCACAGCCCUCCCCAUGGUGCACCCCACCUCAGACAGGAGCCAGGAGUUGGCAGUCCUCAACGGUGAGGUGAACAAAGCCCUGAAGCAGAAGUCAGACAUCGAGCACUAUCGGAAUAAGCUGCGCCUCAAAGCCAAGAGGAAGGGAUAUUACGAUUUCCCUGUAGUGGAGGCAAACAAGGCUCAGACGGAAAGGAAAAAGAUGUAUGAAAAAGCCCCAAAGGAAAUCGAACACGUGUUGGAUGCAGACCCAGAACUGUGUGCCCCAUUCACUGAAUCUAAAAACAGGCAACAGACGAAGAACUCUGUCUACCGAAGCCGGCAGUCUCUGAAUAGCCCGAGUCCAGGGGAAACAGAAAUGGACCUUCUGGUGACUCGGGAGCGACCCCGACGUGGAAUCCGUAACAGCGGAUACGACACUGAGCCUGAAAUCAUAGAGGAAACCAACAUUGACAGAGUUAACGAGCCCCGGGGCUACGCCAGGUCGAGACAGGUGAAAGGCCACUCGGAGACCUCCACGCUGAGCUCCCAGCCCUCCAUCGAUGAGGUCAGGCAACAGAUGCACAUGCUGCUGGAGGAGGCCUUCAGCCUGGCAUCCGCGGGCCAUGCAGGCCAGAGCCGGCACCAGGAGGCCUACGGCUCAACUCAGCACCUGCCCUAUUCGGAGGUGGUGACCAGCGCUCCAGGGACCAUGACACGGCCCAGGGCUGGGGUGCAGUGGGUGCCGACCUACCGCCCAGAAAUGUACCAGUACAGUCUGCCCCGGCCAGCCUACAGGUUUUCCCAGCUUCCUGAAAUGGUCAUGGGCUCUCCCCCUCCGCCUGUACCUCCCAGGACUGGCCCCGUGGCUGUCGCUUCUCUCCGGCGGUCCACCUCUGACGUCGGCAGCAAGACCAGGAUGGCUGAGUCCGCCGGGCCGGAGCCGACCCAGAUGCACGACAGCUCCUCCUUCGCGCAGGUGUCCAGAGGCCCCGUGUCCGUGGCACAGUUGGAUCAGUCGGCUUUAAAUUACUCAGGUAAUACGGUGCCGGCCGUGUUCGCCAUCCCAGCUGCCAACAGACCUGGCUUCACUGGCUACUUCAUCCCAACACCUCCCUCGUCCUACAGGAAUCAGGCCUGGAUGUCCUAUGCGGGAGAGAAUGAGCUCCCAAGCCAGUGGGCUGAUUCGGUCCCCCUACCCGGGUACAUCGAGGCUUACCCCCGGUCGCGUUAUCAACAGAACUCUCCCUCCAGGCUCCCUCGCCAGUAUAGCCAGCCGUCUGGCAUGCACCCCAGCUUGGAGCAGGCCCCAGUGCCCUCCACAGCAGCCUCCCAGCAGAGCCUGGCAGAGAACGACCCGUCUGACACACCCCUGACCAACAUCUCCACUGCGGCCCUCGUGAAGGCCAUCCGGGAAGAGGUGGCCAAGCUGGCCAAGAAACAGACAGACAUGUUUGAGUUCCAGGUCUAAUUCCUUAGCCACAGAGGACUUCCAAACUCCGAGGAGACAGUCUUCAGGUUUCUCGAGCCUCACGUGUUGGGACUUGAGGCAUAGACGGUGGGUGAGUCCUUCUCACCCUCAGUUUCUGAAAAGAUGAACAGUGGAGCUUCUGGGAAAUGGAGGAAACUUGAACAACUAGAUUCUCAGCUUAAUAUUCAACUAUAUGUCACGAAGUCCCUACUUGGGACCAUAUAUUUGAUAUUCUGUUAUGUCGAAUGUCUGAACUGUGGGUGUAUUUCCCGAUGGAGCCUUAGUCACGAGAGACACUAGUUAAUCUACAGAUUCCUGUUCAAUGCCACAUUUCAAUAAAUCACCAGAAAGGGGAGAACAUA